AUGACACGUCUUGGAGGAUAUUUUGUUUUUUUAAUACAAUACAUUAAAUUGAGUUUUUCAUUAAUACUUCAAUGUAAAGUAUUAUUACCAUUGAAAAAUAUUGAUGAAAUAAUACAAAUUGGUGCUUUGUCAAAUCUUCUAUUUGAAUAUUCAUCUGUUGCUACUAAUCAAAGACGAACAUGUAAAUUUAAUUUUCUUAAUGAAAAAUCAACAGUUCUUGCAACUGACUAA